AGAGACGCUUGGGUUGGCCUCCGCCUCCGCUGGCUGUUUCUGCCAUCACGUCCCUGCUACUUCCAUGGGACUACCUCAGGAGCCAGCCGAUUUCUAAUCACAAUCUUUACCAGACUCCACGUUGUCAUCUCGUCCUCUGUAGUCAUCUGGUGUCGUCUUGACCGUUGCAGUCGGAGUAGUCAUUAUCUUCAUUAUCCCAGGUCAGUCAAGGCCUUGUUGAGGUACCUACUAGUGUCAUGUCUACCAGAAGGGAUCAAGAUCCAGCCAGAGAGAGCCGAGACAACCCAGUAACUCUUGAGGGAGAGUGGGUACAGGAAGCUGCAGAGGUCGGUGCAGUAGGCCUAGAUGGAUCCUCUGCCGCAGUUGAAGCUGAAGAAAUAGUGGUCUAUUAUCCUAGAGCGGUGGAGAAUGUUGGGCCUGAAAACAACCCGGAGGAAGAGGGUGACAGGGGAGAGAGUGUGGAUGUUGAGGAAGACUUGGAUAUUGAAGCUGUUGAUGAGGCGGAUGAAGAAGAUGAGGAGCAGGAGGAGGAGGAAGAGGAGGAGGAGGAAGAGGAAAGUGUUCUAACAGGUCAAAAUUUUGUGGCGAAUGCCCAUCAUUUCCCAAUGAGUGGCAUCCGAUUUAUGUUUAUGGAUUUGGUCCAUGCCAUUCUCAACCGUGUCUAUUACAACCACCACAUCCUGCUUAGAGACCACCUAGAAGACCAAGAGAUGAACUCACCUGACACUUCCGAGUCUGGCCACUCAAGUGAGCUCCAAGUACUACCUGGGCCCAUCCCAUCAACAGUGAGGGCUGCAGAGUACGAGCAUCAGGGCUCAGACCUUCCGGAAGUUAUCUCCACAUUUCCAGAGCUGGAGGAGCCUACUGAUUUCGAGGAAGCAACAGAUCGUUACCUGCAGGAGCCAACAACUAUGACAGCCGGGCAAGCAAUAGAAGAGACGGCAGAAGAAGCAGCAGCAGAGGAGGCAGCAGAAGAACCAGCAAAGGACAUCAUUGAACAAGCCGUGGACUCAGAGGGUGAAAACCAUUGUGCUAGACAGUAUGAAGAUGACAACAUAGUUAAUGAGGAAGAAGAAAAGGAAGGAAAGGAAAAUGAAGAAGCACUAGAUGAAAUGGACCUAGAUGCAGCAGACUACUGCACCAACAAAUUCAGUUAAGAAGAAUAGGAAGAAAAGGAUGAAGAAGGAAUGUUUACUGAGGUUCACCAAAUUUAGACUUUCCACUUCUUAGAAGCCUGACAGUUUCAACAGUGACUUCAUCUUCAAGUUCAUUAUCCAGUAGUGAAAUUUCGAAUCCUUCUAAAUUUAACAUGGCUCCUUCAAGUUCCAAAUGUAACAAAGUCAUGUGAUAAAAUAAAACACAGGCAUGAUUUGGAGGC